AUGGCGAAGAAGUCUAGUAAACCACAGCCUGCUGUGGUCGAGCCAGUUGUGGUAAAGAAAAAGGGCAGGAGGGGUGCCAGGGAAGAAACAGAAGAAAUGAAGAAGGAAAGACUAUUGCAUCGCGCGAAGGUCACUUCCACAUCUAGCUGGACGGGAAAGCUGCCUCAAACUCUGUUGCACGAAAUGUGUCAGAAACGCAAGUGGAAUAGAGUUGAGUACGACAUAAAGAAAAUAGGUCAGGAUGGCAUGCUAGCGGCAGCAGUACUGUCAUAUACAGAUCCAAAGACGAAAGAAAUUCUGGCAAUUAAAAUGUAUGAUCCAACGUUUGAUAGAAAAACCGGAAAGGGAUGUUUGAAGCCACAAGAGACACCUAUGGAGGCUCGGCACAUGGCGGCGACCGUGGCUCUUUAUAGAAUAUCAUCGAAUUCUAACAUGCAAAUGAUGCUGCCGCCCAAUCACAAAUCGCUGUGGUAUGAACUUGACGAUUUUCGAAAAUCGCUGAAGAAGGAAAACGAUGUCUUGGCAGAAAAGCUUUUCGACCCAGAGCCCUUCAAGUCUCUGAUAGCGGAAAAUAAGUCUAAAGAUGUCAAAGAUAAGGAACGCCAGGCCAGGCUGCAACAAGCUCAAAAAUCGCAACAAGUACCGACCCUCAUUACUUCAAAUGGUGCCAAGCCAGGCAAAGACGCAAUCACAAAACGCGUUCGUGAGCCACUUGACAAGAAAAUCAUAAGGUUCCCACAAAAAGUAUGGGAAAAUGCUACUUUUGUUGACUUAAAGGAGUCAUCAAGAACCGCAAUUGAGCAUUCACUCAGAUCACACAUUGACUGGGAGUCAAAAAAAUGGAACGGCGAGUUGACAAAGGAAAGGUGCCUCUUGCAAGAAAGCCUGCUGUCCCAUGGGUUCAGAAAAAGGCAUGCCGAAGAAGCCAUUCUCUACAAAGAUCCACUUUCCUUUCUUUUGUUCAAUCUCCCUGAGGAUGACUUGCCGCCAUUCUUCCACAAAAGGCUAGAGGAUACGAAAAUGAAGGUAGAAAUUAGUUCGCUUCCCCUCAAUAUUCAAAACAUGAUCAGCCGCUUAAUGGAGGGCGGAGCCUCGUAUGCCGAAUCAUUGUAUGCAUUACAAUCUGCUGAAAACGACGAAAAUGAAGCUGCAGGAAAAUUGACGGAAAAAUUUCUGAUCGAAACGACUGCGACUCCUCCUGAAAUUAGUCAAGAGGAAUGUAAUGAAUUGUGGACUCAAGAGCUUGAAAGUCUAUUGAGCAUUUAUGGAGGUGACGUCAUCGAGGUCCUGAAAGAGGAUGGAACUUGUUAUACUAUCAAAUUGAUGGAGGAAUUCCAUUUGAAACUCAAAGUCUACAAGACUAAAAGCUACCCUUUCACACUACCCGGGAUGAUCGUUUCAACAUUUGAUAAAAAUUAUAAAUUGCCCAGCUACAUCAAACAGACUAUUUUGACAAAGCUUGUGACUUAUGUGAUUGAAGCUGGCUUACUUGGUGAUAUGCUUGUUUAUCAUGUCUUUGAGUGGCUUCAAGAACAUCUCGCAAGUAUUAUAGAUAACCCAGGUUCGCUUUUACCGAAAGCUCAAAAUUCCAUGCCUUCACAUGAUAGAGAGGUACAGCAUAGUCAGUUUCCCAAGUCAUCCAGAAAUAGAACGUCAAGAACCGACGCCGUGUCCGCAACAGAGUUACAACAACUGAAAUCAGAAUACGCGAAGAGAAUUACAAGCCGAAGGUAUGCAGAAAUGAUUAAACAGCGCUCUCAACUUCCCGCAUGGAAAAUCCAAGAAAAAAUUGUCGAUCUGAUAUACAAGAAUGACGUGGUGUUAAUCACAGGUGAAACAGGUUCUGGUAAAUCAACACAAGCGGUCCAAUUCAUUCUAGACUAUCUCAUGUCAAAACAAAACGAUUACGGUCAAACUAAAAUUAUUUGCACGCAACCGAGAAGAAUCUCUGCGAUAGGGUUGGCAGAACGUGUUUCUGAAGAAAGAUGUUCCGAUUGCGGAAAUGAGGUUGGUUAUAUUAUUCGUGGUGUAAACAAGACGAAGGCAACGACUCGUAUCAGAUUCAUGACCACAGGUGUCUUGGUGCGUAUUCUUCAAGGAUCAAGAGAUUUCCUUGCAAAUUCCAUCGUCUUUAUUGAUGAAGUUCACGAAAGAUCCGUUGAUACAGAUUUGAUAGUCAUCUUACUGAAAAACUUGCGCGGGAAAAUUCCUGGUUUGAAAAUAGUACUCAUGAGUGCUACCGUUAAUGUCGACGUUUUCAAAAACUAUUUUGGAGACCUCAAAACCUGUCACAUUGAAGGUCGAACGUUCCCUAUUGAGGAUUUCUUUCUGGAGGAAAUUCUCGAGACCCUAGAUUUCAAAAUUAAGCGGAAAAAUAUUUCAUACGAUGACUUUGAUAGAGAAGGCCAAAAGUCUCAAGGUGCCGAUUCGGAUUACUUGCGGCCAAGUGCCGACUCCAAGUUUUUCAAGAGUGGCCAGAUCAAUUACGACCUCAUCUUAUCUCUAACUAUUCACAUUGACAAGAAACUGGUAUCGGAAAGCAACGAUGGUUCAAUUGUGAUUUUCAUGCCAGGUGUAGGUGAGAUUAACAACUGUUGCAAAAAUCUAAUGAGCGGUAAAAACUCGGAAAUAUUUGUGGUGUUACCGCUGCAUUCCGCUUUAACUCCAGAUGCUCAGAAGAAAGUCUUCAAACGGUUCCCUGGGAAAAGAAAAAUCGUGGUUUCUACAAAUAUUGCAGAAACUUCCAUCACCAUCGAUGACUGUGCGGCUACCAUUGAUACAGGUCGCGUAAAAACCAUGUAUUACAAUGCGCAGGAGAACACCACCAGAUUAAUUGAGACAUUUGUCUCUAAGGCAGAGUCUAACCAACGUAGAGGUCGUGCGGGUAGAGUCCGUGCAGGUUUGUCUUACAAAUUGUUUUCGAGAUGCAGGUUUGAUGAAAUGUCUGCACAACCUCUUGCAGAAAUAAAGCGGGUAGGCCUAGAGUCGCUGUAUCUUUCGGUGAAAUCUAUGGGGAUAAAAGACGUGAUUGGAUUUUUGGGUAAAGGUCUGGAUCCACCCCCCUUGGAUUCUUUGCGAAAAUCUGAACAGCUGUUAACAGCCGCGGGCUUGUUAAGUGAAGAUGAUACUCUGCUCACGGAGCUUGGAAAAUUCAUUAGUUUAAUGCCCCUCAUGGAUUAUAAACAUGGUAAAAUGCUCAUUUACUCCAUUAUUUUUGGAUGCACCGACGUAGGUAUUAACAUUGCUGCCAUAUUGAGUUGCAACGGAUCUCCAUUUGCGAUCACCUCUGACAAUAGAGAUCAAAUCAAAGCUUUGUGUCAAAGUUGUACUAACGGAGGUGAUUUGUUGGCGUACUUGGAGAUAGUUCGUCGUUACUUGAAAAUUGAAGACUCUGCAUCCAAGAGAAGAUAUUUAAAUGAAAACUUUCUUUCCUACAACAAGAUGAAAGAAAUUAUCUCAUCCCGGGCUCAAUUAUUGAGUAUUUUAAAAGACGUGGGGUUUUUGCCCAUGCGGUACAAUAUGAGUGGAUCUGGAUCUGGAUCCGAUUAUUUGAAUCGAAAUGCCAAAAAUAUUGAAAUUAUAAAAUCAAUUUUGACUGGCGCUUUCUACCCUCAAGUGGCACGCGUACAACAACCAGAUCAGAAAUUCAUCAACACCAGCGCCGGUGCCAUUGAGAAAAAUCCUGAGGCAAAGAUGAUCAAAUAUUGGAUUCGAAAUGAAAAAUAUAUUGAUCAUUUGUACAAAUUGGACAAAGAUUCCGAGGUGGAAAAUACCGCUUUGCCUGCCACCAGAAGCUUCCUACACCCAUCUUCGGUUUUCUUCUCACCAAAAGAUAACAACAGCAUUGGUGAGCUUGUCGCUUUGGAGAGUUCCACGGAAAAAUCCGCAAACAACAAUCAAAAUUACAUAAAGGCUCCCUUCAUUGUGUUCAACAGCUCUUACUCCAGUGACAAGCUAUUUUUAAAAGACGUUACACCCACUACCACUUUAGCUCUACUCUUAUUUGGUGGCGCCAUUAAAUUCGAGUUGCAAGGCACCAAUCAUUCCCCCGGUUUAAUCCUAGACAACUGGUUGCCUAUUCGUACCUGGUGCAAAAACGGUGUUCUCAUCAAGGAACUCCGAUCCCUCUUGGAUAAUGUCAUACGACAAAAAUUGGAAAACCCGCAAUACAAUUCUUUGCAACGAGAAACCUCCCAUCUCGGUGAUGACGUUUUGACUAUACUUGAAAAUAUUCUCAAGUCAGAAUCCUAA